AUGUGGAAAAUAUCGAGGAGUUUUCUCACUGAUCCACUGGGAGAUGUUGAGACUUGGAGUGAGUCCGUGGACAAAGUCCUUGGUUGUAAAGCCGGGCAGAUAGCUUUCCGGGAGUUCCUGAAGUCCCAGUACAGUGAGGAGAACAUUCUGUUUUGGCUUGCCUGUGAGGAGUAUAAAAAAAUCAAGACGGCGCCAGAGAUGAUCUCCUCCGCCAACAGGAUCUACUCCGAGUUUGUCCAAACAGAAGCGCCGAGACAGAUCAACAUAGAUUGCGGCACCAGAGAAAACAUAACAAAGAACAUCUCCAAGCCCUCCCUGACUUCCUUUGAUACGGCACAGAAGCUCAUCUACAGUCUGAUGGCCAGGGAUUGCUACCCGCGCUUCCUAAAAUCUGACAUCUAUCAGGGACUGCUGAGGAGAAGCGAUUCAAGGUGA